AUGCCGGAACCACUAGCUGAGUCGUUCCCAGACCUCCUGCCUACUCGGAGUGAUGGUAUACAAAAGGCAAACGAAUCCCAUCAGAAGCGCCGCUCCGCCAGGAAACAUCAACUCCCUUGCCUCAACUUGCCUCCAUUGAGCCUGAGCAAACUCCUUCGACGUGAUCUGAACCGACUCAUCCCGAGGUAG